GUUAUUAUCCCUUCACGCCCAGAAAAAAAACACCUACAUUUUGCUCGACGCCGGCGCCGUCGCUUCGCCGGGAAAAAAUUACAAGAAUACCGAUGAUAAAAAAAGACCAAGCGUGAACUAUCCGGUACGAUAAAGAACUUGAAGGUAAUAAAACUGACCAAUUUUCAGGUAGGAGAAGAAGCUUACUAAACGCUCUAAUGAGCUGAUCCAGUUUUCUUCAAUCGAAAAUUUCUGCUACUAAUAUCAAUGGAAGCAUCGCCAAUUCUGGUCUGUUCAAAGCUACCUUCCUCGUUCGGCGGGAAUGUAUCAAAACAACACACUUUUUCUUACAGACCUUUCCACAAACAGUUGCUGAGCAAGUUAAAUCUUGGAAUACCCAAAUCCCACUUGCGUAGUUCCUUAUCAAUUUCCAUCCGUGAUGUCAAUUCUUCUCCUGUACGGCCAUAUAUUGGUGGGUUUCGAUCGUUGUUACUGCCAGUUCAGUGUUCGGGUUCAUAUUCAAAUGCAACAGAAACAGAUGGUCCAAAAAGGGUAUUUGAAAGCAUAAAGGGGUUAUCUUUGGAGUCAGUGAAGAUGGGUUUUUCUCAAUUGACUCCGUUUAAAGUGUUAAAGUGGGGUUUGUUGUUUUCUGUUGCUAUUGCUGCGUCCAAAUGGACGAUGAAUGUACUUGUGAAUCCAUUCUUUUGGAUGUAUUUUAGUAUGACAUGGUUAUAUUGGCCAUGGUUGGUGGCCAUAAGUCUUGCAAGUUACAGUCUUUAUUGCUUAAACAAGCAUUUACGUGGGGAUGCAAAUGUAUUUGAGCAAUUUGCAGUUGUUACUUCAGCUUUCACUUGGCUUACACUUGUCCCACCAGCACAUUUCAAUGGUUUUCUUGAAGGCUGGCCUGUUGUGUUCUUUUUGGUGUACCAUUAUUUCUUUUUCUUGAAUGUGAGUAUUCGAAAACGUUUGUAUGGUGAUUACAAUCCAAGAGAGCAUGACCCCAGAUGGGAUAUCAGCCUACCCGAUUGGCAGAAGCUGUUGUUUUGUGUUGGAGUUAUGGUUGGUCAUUGGCUUGCAGCGUUUGAAGGCCCAGAGUUGCAUCUUAUCCCUGGUGGAUGGAGCAAUUUGGGUAUUUGGGGUUUGAUUGUGAUGACAUUGUUUAUGCAAUAUCAUUCCACAUUGUAUUUAGCCAAGUACUCAGAGAAGGUGGUUGUGCCUACUGCUGUCGUACAGUUUGGUCCGUACCGGUUUAUUCGCCAUCCUAUUUAUGCUUCAACCAUGCUCUUGUUUGUUACUUAUUGUAUUGCUCUUAGGGCGCCUUUGAGUGCUCUCUUCAUUGCUGUUGUUUGCUCAGUGUACUAUGGGAAUAAAGCUAAGUUAGAGGAAAGUUUGAUGGUAGAGAACUUUGGUGAGAGAUAUAUGGAGUAUGCAAGUAAAGUUAGAUACAAGCUUAUUCCUUAUAUUUAUUAGUGCAAGUCGUUGCGAGUUGCAUAAUGUUAGUGUAAUGUGGAGAAGAGAAUGAGAAUAUGAACACCUCAAUUGGCUUUUGUUCUUAUGUUUCAAAUGUAGUUUCCUUUUGUUGUUCUUCGUUAUUGUGAUUUCCUAUUUAUUAAACUUGUGGGUUACAUACUCAAGGCACUUGUAUCCACCAUGGUGAAGCAUUUCUGUAUUGCUUGUUUCCAUUGUUUAGCAAUUCUUCAAUAGCUUGACAGAGAUAAUAUCUCCUGUAUUAGAUUCUGAGGAUUUAGGUUUUAGUAUUCACUAUGUUCGUCAGGUUGUGCCUUUAUAACAUGUCUGAUGACUUGAGAUAGUUGGCUUUCUCUCCAUUGAUUUUCUUUAGCAGUACAUUUUAACUCAAAUAAGUUAUCUUUUUCUUGAAACAUAUAUAUAAAUGGAAGACAUUAAGCCAGUGAGUGGCACAUCUCAUUGUCUGUAAAUCCUAUUUAUCUUUUUUCCUGUAUUUUCUGUUUCUUUUUCUCUCGACUUUUCUACUAUUCUGGUUACGCCUCUUCCUCUAAUUAAUGCCCAACAUCUCCACUUUUCCCCUUCUUCUUCUUUCGUUUCAAGGACACCCGCUCUACAUCUUGUUACUCUAUCUCAUCUCGAAAAGAGUUGUAUGGUAGAAAUUCAUUUUAUUGCCACCCGUCUUAUUUUAAUGGAGGAAUAUAUAGUAUGGUAGAAAGAAGUAGAGAGUAACUAGAAAGAAACUUGGCUGUAACAUUGAAUUUAUUUUAGGGAAAAACUCUCCUUAACAAGGAUACUUCUUCUCCACAGAUUCACCCACAAUAUACUCCUCACCACCAAGGUACAUUUCCUCUUUCUCUUUUGAGAUUCUCUAGUUUUCUUUCAUGUUUGAUUGAUAACAUUCUCUUAAUGUUCUAUUUCUCGAUUUGCUGCUUGAUUUUAUGUUAAUUGUAGAAUCAAAAUUGCAUUUUUUUUGUUAAUUUGUCGCCCACUGAAUUCUUUGGUUCAUUCAAUUUCAUCCUUUUCGAUUUAAAGUCUCACACAGUAACUGUUUAAGCUCAAAAUGAAAUAAGGUAACUAAGUGUUUGGUCUUUCCAUCUGACUUUCUUACGUUACUAUCAUGUUGGUUCUUGAAUUGUAUGCUUUUGGUCUUGCAUUACUAUCAUGUUGGUUUUUGAAUUGUAUGCUUUGGUUGGAUAUUUUUUUUCAAAUUCAUAUCUUAUAACAGUAGUCUGCACCAUGCGAAGAAAAGCGAGGCCUUUUUACUUUUGCUGUGUUAAUAUAGUUUCAAGUUCCACUGGCUAAGCACUUUUUUCCUUCCAAUACUCUCUUUUUCAUAGUUGAUGUAUUUCUGUACUCCUAUGAAAAUAAACCAUCUCUGGUGGUAUUCAUACUAGGAGUACAUUAUUUAACCGUAUGAAUUCUUAAUAUGUUCUUCAGUAUUCAUUUAGGUAUCAGUCUUUUGCUCUGUUAUUGUUAGUAGCAGUUAACACUGAUACGAACCUUUUAGUUUUGUGUGUUCAAUUUGUUGUGACCAUUUAUUGUUUCUAUUUCAUGGCUGUUAAAAUAGUCUUAUCGGAGAAAUUUUGUAGACAAACUUUCUCCUGUUGUUGUUGCAGAUUUAUUCGAGAAAUUUUGUUUCUUUUAUUUUGUCGGAACACUAAGGAAUCAAUAUUGAAGGAUGAUGAGAAUUUGGCCUCAAAUGGACUCGCUUCUACUUCAGAUAUACUAAUACAAUGAUAUUUUAUCUCGCCUUAUGAACUCUUUGUAACGAGUAUACACAUACAAGGUACUUCUGGGACCAUUUCUCCGAUAUUUAACCUAUUGCUUAUGUGAAUUCUUAUGAAAAGUGUCGUUCCAUUUUGUCUUGCUUCAACUUAUUUUUGUCUGCUAUGCAUGUCCUGUUGGUCAUCUAAACUUAUUGUUGGUUUUUGUACGUAUGAGGUGCUUUAAUAACAAGUGUAAUCUAUGCCAUUGUAAUUGGAUAUUUUGUACUUUUUCGUGUAUACACAAAAAAGAAGAAGUAAGAUUGAUUAU